GUCUCUGAUGCUGAUUUUGAACGUAUGUUUGACGAUCGAGCCAAAUUGGAGACUGUUCGGCAGUUCCCGGAAAUUCCUCUUCUUAUGUCAUUUGUUCACGUGGCCAUAUGGGUUUAUUCUCACCUUUGCAACAUCUGGGCACCCUCCUUACCCAAUUCAGAACUUAGGACCAGGCAUGAUGACGAGGGGGUGUCGUGGGAACUUCACCCACGAAAUAAGAGACAAUGGAACGAAGUGUCUAGUCACAGGUCUCGGUCGAACCCUCACGACAAUCUACUACGCCAACUUAAUUGUUGUAAUGACAAUAACCCUCACAUUAUUUUUGAAAUCACUGCGGUUGGCUUACAAAAACUGGAUCCAAGCUCGAGUAAAAAGCCAGAAUCGAAACUUGCAAUCAUGUAACUCGGAUCUUGGCGGACAAACUGCGAUUGCCGAUUGCUCUUUUCAAGUUCUGAAAACGAUGAUCAGACUUUCGAUAUCAGCGUUUUUAUACACGUUCUCGCUUUCACCUUUGGUGGCUGUGAAAAUGUACGAAAUGUAUUAUGGGUUCAGUCGUCAUAAUACAUUCCACGUGUUCAUGAUAUUCUAUCCACCCGUCUGUGGCGUAACUAUAGGAGCUCUCAAUGUUUUAUCAUACGCCUAUUUGAGUCCUGCUUUCCGACAAGAAGUUUGGAAGUUUUUCACCCGGAUCAUCAAGUGCAGCGACAUCCGAGCACGUUUUCAUACAGUUCCAAAUGAGUCACGAAGAAGUGCUACGUUGCGACUUCUUGGAAAUUCGAUUUGGAACUCAAUCGCAGUGGCAAAACAGGAUAUUUUUCGGUACGAGCAGGAUUAUGAGAAGUUUGAACUGCAGUCGACUAAUCGCUGAGGAAUUUACUAUCAAAAAUUUCUAACUUUACUAUUCACACAAAAGAAAUAUAAAAUGCCUUUAAGACUUUCUACCGAUUCAUAAAACUCUUUGAGAAGAAAGCAAGGAAAAUCUGUGACACUUUCCAUACUAUGGAGUUCUAUGAAUAACCUUCAUCCUUAGUUUAUUGAAACACAGUCUUAAGCUACGA